AUGGGUCGUGACAGUCGCUCGCGCUCACGGUCCGCGGGUCGCAGGGGUCGGAGGAAGCGGAGCCGCAGCCGCAGCCGCAGCCGCAGCCAUGGGCGGAGGAGCCGGAGGCGGCGAGAGCACGAGGGGCGGCGCGAACGCAGACGGCGGAGCCGGGGCCGCGGGUCGGAUUCAGAUGGAGACCAGGAGCAGAGGUCCGGAAGGCGAAGCCGGAGCCCUCGGCCAUCCCAGUGGCCCGCACAGGACAAGUCCUCACACUCUGACUCCGGUGAGGAGCGGGCACAGGGCUCCUGGGCCCGGCAGGGUCGCAGGCGCUCGUCCCCAGGGUCAUCGGCAUCUAGCUCAGAAUCACCGAGACGCUCCCAGAGCCCUGAGGCGGCUGCCCUGGCCCUGAGCCGGCAGCAGAGCCUGCAGGAGCGGCUGCGGCUGCGGGAGGAGCGGAGGCAGCAAGAAGAGCUGCUCAAGGCCUUCGAGACGCCCGAGGAGAAACGCGCCCGGCGACUGGCCAAGAAGGAGGCUAAGGAGCGCAGGAAGCGGGAGAAGAUGGGCUGGGGCGAGGAGUAUAUGGGCUACACCAACACCGACAACCCUUUCGGGGACAACAAUCUUCUGGGCACCUUCAUCUGGAACAAGGCGCUGGAGAAGAAGGGCAUCAGCCACCUGGAAGAGAAGGAGCUGAAGGAACGCAACAAGAGGAUCCAGGAGGACAACCGGCUAGAGCUGCAGAAGGUGAAGCAGUUGCGGCUGGAACGCGAGCGGGAGAAGGCCAUGCGGGAGCAGGAGCUGGAGCUGCUGCAGCGCGAGAAGGAGGCGGAGCACUUCAAGACCUGGGAGGAGCAGGAAGACAGCUUCCACCUGCGGCAGGCCAAGCUGCGCUCCAAGAUCCGCAUCCGAGAUGGGCGGGCCAAGCCCAUCGACCUGCUGGCCAAGUACAUCAGCGCAGAGGACGACGACCUGGCCGUGGAGAUGCACGAGCCCUACACCUUCCUCAACGGCCUCACGGUGGCCGACAUGGAGGACCUGCUGGAGGACAUCCAGGUGUACAUGGAGCUGGAGCAGGGCAAGAACGUGGACUUCUGGCGCGACAUGACAACCAUCACAGAAGACGAGAUUGCCAAACUCCGCAAGCUGGAGGCCUCCGGCAAAGGCCCAGGCGAGCGCCGGGAGGGGGUCAACGCCUCGGUCAGCUCUGACGUACAGUCAGUGUUCAAAGGCAAGACGUACAACCAGCUGCAGGUCAUCUUCCAGGGCAUCGAGGGCAAGAUCCGCGCGGGCGGCCCCAACCUGGACAUGGGCUACUGGGAGAGCCUGCUGCAGCAGCUGCGUGCACACAUGGCCAGGGCCAGGCUCCGGGAGCGCCACCAGGAUGUUCUUCGGCAGAAACUGUUCAAACUGAAGCAGGAGCAAGGUGUGGAGAGCGAGCCACUGUUCCCCAUCCUCAAGCCGGAGCCCACGGCCACCCGCAGCCCUGAGCCUGAGGAGCGGGCCCCCACUCCCGGGCCAUCAGUGGACCCCACAGAACCUGGGGAGGCUCCAGCACCUGCGGAGGCCGAGGCCGAGGCCGAACCAGAGGCGGAUGGUGAGGCAGUGCUGAUGGAGGAGGACCUGAUCCAGCAGAGCCUGGCGGACUACGAUGCCGGCCGCUACAGCCCGCGGCUGCUCACUGCGCAUGAGCUGCCACUGGACGCGCACGUGCUGGAGCCACAUGAGGACCUGCAGCGCCUGCAGCUGUCUCGCCAACAGCUCCAGGCCACAGGGGACGCCAGCGAGAGCGCCGAGGACAUCUUUUUCCGUCGUGCACGUGAGGGCAUGGGGCAGGACGAGGCGCAGUUCAGCGUGGAGAUGCCGCUGGGCGGACGCGCCUAUCUGUGGGCUGACAAGUACCGGCCGCGCAAGCCGCGCUUCUUCAACCGCGUGCACACGGGCUUCGAGUGGAACAAGUACAACCAGACGCACUAUGACUUUGACAACCCGCCGCCCAAGAUCGUGCAGGGCUACAAGUUCAACAUCUUCUACCCCGACCUCAUCCGCAAGCGCGCCACGCCAGAGUACUUCCUGGAGGCCUGCCCUGACAACCGCGACUUUGCCGUCCUGCGCUUCCACGCUGGCCCGCCCUACGAGGACAUUGCCUUCAAGAUCGUCAGCCGCGAGUGGGAGUACUCGCACCGGCACGGCUUCCGCUGCCAGUUUGCUAACGGCAUCUUCCAGCUCUGGUUCCACUUCAAGCGAUACCGAUACCGUCGGUGACGCCGAGCCUGGCCAGGCUGUCCCCUGGACAGCUCCUGGGUAGGAGGGCCGAGGGCACCCGGAUGCCUCCCUCAGAAGCCCUGGGAGUCCAUGUGCCACCUCCGAGCUGUAGUCACCAGCUCUGUGCUGACCAUGGAGGCCCGGCCAUCUGGAAGGGAUCCUGACUGUCCCUCUGCAAAGACUGCUUUAGGUGGCAGGAAUGCCUUGUUUCCAUGGACUUGUUCAACCAGAGAGCCCCAUGUGGUUUUGAUACGUUUAAUAGAAAGCUUAUUGUAGA